UUGUGUUGACGUUUGGCGUGCGUAGAGCAACCACCGAGCAGGCGAACCGCUUCUACGCUGGCUGUCGAAAGGCUGCGUUUGUUGUGCCUACAGUUGCACUUGGUUCGUGUUAAGUUAUUCCACUGGAAAUGAAUAAUAUGCACCAUUGAAGCAGCAUCCAACGGAGUGUGGCAUGAAUCCAAAUUUUGGUUUAUAAAAAUUGAUUUCAAUCGUUAAAUUUCAACGGAAACCAUUUCUAAUUCAGAGGCUUUCGAAAAAGAAAGUCGUUCAGCUGUAAUAAGGAAAAUAUAGGCAAGCUUGUUUUUGGUACGGUGGUUUAAGUUUAAUGAAGUAUUUAUAAAACAAUUGUUAGGGGCUUCCAAAACCAUAAAAAGGUAAAAGGUAAAGGCGCGAAUUGGAUACACACUUAGCAAGUGUUUGCUUUCUGGUGACUGAAAGCCCGGACUGAUGAGAUUUUAAAGGAUAUAUUUAAAUUGUAGAUGAGAAAUAUAGCAGUCACAACCGUCAUAAUGAAGCUAUCCGAGAGUAAAUCCGACACCUCCAUUAUUGCCAACCUGUACAAAUCGAUCAAUAACAGCUACCGGCGGUUAUCGAACACGAGCAAUGUGCUACACCGCAUACCGGAAAUGGAGAUCCCCAACAUGGCGAUCGCCGAUGAGUACGAUAUCGAGAAGAUGAUCGCCGAGGGUUGCUUUGCAAAGAUCUAUCUAGCACACCAUCGGCCCACUGGCACGACCGUAGUCCUAAAGGCAAUUCACACCGAGCUGACAAGUCUGAAGGAGUUUGUGCGCGAGUUCCACUACAACUAUCAGCUCAGCCACCACCCAAACAUCCUCAGCUGCUAUCAGGUGAAGUUCCAGACGAAGGAGUAUUAUGUGUAUGCGCAGGAGCACGCCCCGUUUGGCGAUUUGGCGGCCAACGUCGGGGCAAGCGGGUUACCGGAGAGCAGCUGCAAAAAGAUCGCCGAACAGCUCAGUUCGGCGCUUGGUUUCAUGCACCUAAAAUUGCUCGUUCACCGCGAUUUGAAGUUAGAGAACGUGCUGGUCUUUACGCCUGAUUUUUCCCGCAUCAAGCUAUGCGACUUCGGCACGACGACACGAGAAGGUGUGCUGGUGAGCAAAAACAACAAAACCUGGACGGCGUUCCUACCGCCCGAGGUGCUGGAAGUGGUCAAGAACGAACGGUUCAUCUGCAAGGCGUCGUCCGACUCGUGGCAGUUUGGCAUCGUGCUGUUCGUUUGUCUGACUGGGGCAACACCUUGGAAGUCGGCCGACUGGGUGCGGGAUACCAAGUACGCAGCGUUCAUGAAGUAUCAGAAGCGCGAAACUACCAAAAUUCCGGACAACUUCCGACGGUUCACGCCCCGAUUAUUGCGUGCCUUUCGGCGCAUCUUUGACCACCGGGAUGAGGAUCGGGCGAAGGUGACGGACAUCAUGAAGUACAUGAAGAACCGCUGGAUGGAUGGCAAGAUCACGGUGUCGAAGUCGGCUUCCAACAUUGCCAGCGUGGGCCAGCCACAACAGUGCCCGCAUCCGCACCAGCAGCACACCAACUCGGACCAGGACUCGGUGAAGUACAUCAACCAUCGCGAAAGCCGGAACUCGUUCGAUGGGAAGCUGCGAGCACGGCGCAUGACCAGUGUUGGGGCGCUCACGCCCGAUUCGGUGCCGGGCUCAAUGAAUCUAGCCGGGGUGGAUCACCAGGAUGCCAUCCGAAGCAAGGUGUGGGAUUGGUUGGAAUCGAACGAUCUGAGUGCGAGCGGCAGUGUGGACGAUCUUACGUUCUGGAGCACCAAAGAUACGAAAACGUUGCAGCUACAGCAUCACCAGCAGCAGCAGCGGCGCCAAAGUGUCGGUGGCCAUCUGCUCCAGCCACAUCACCAGGAUCUGAUCAGCUUCAGCGAAUCUCACAGCACGGUUAGCUUUCUUCGCGAAACGCGAACCAUCACCGGCGGUGGUGUGAAAAUGUUCAAAUGAAACAACCCCUAGAACCUCAAAUUCCACCCAAAACGUGUGAAACGUGAACCGACAGUACACAAAUGAACAAUACUCCUCCAAAAUCCCCUACACAUACACAUCAAUCGUAGCGCCGCAUAGGUUCUGACUUUCCAGGACAGUCGUGUCGGUAGAGUGGGUAGAUAGGUACAUGUGAUUAUAUUAAUUAUGUGUGUGAUAAUUGCCAAAAAGUACGAUAGUAAAGUCCUACAUCCUUGUGAAAGGUUUCGGUGGGAUGUUCGCCGAGUCCGGAACUGUUUGCCCAUGUACGUACAUUACUCUGCAGUAGCUACUAUUUCAUAGAAAUAUUUAAGAGUUGUAAACCUUUGGAAGAUACAAAAAAACCUCCAAUACCGCAAUGAGUGCUUACAGAAUGAACAGAAUUGAGAAUUGUACGUCUUUAGUACACACAAGCGAGCAUACAAAUGAUACAAAGAUGGUUUUUGAUUGAAACAUAAUGCAAAAGAAUUGAGCAAAGAGAAUAGAGAACAUAAAAAGAAAAAAAUAGAUCAAAUGAAAAACAGGGAGAAGCUAGUCACCUAGUGUGUGUUUUUUAGUAAACGUGAUAAUGUAUGACCGAGGGUAUUUAUACAUACAAUAUACUCAGAUAUACUUAGCUGUAUACAUAUAUAUAUAUUUAAAAUACUGUGCUAAGAACGAACAGGAUGUUGUACAUGAAGGAGCUAGCGUAAUGAGAUCUUUCAUUCGAAUUAUUUCAAAUUCUUAAGGAUUCGUCGAACCCUUCUGCAAUGUGUAGCAGGGUAAGUAGCAAACCAAUCUGCUAAUGGGUAUAUCAAUUGCGCUUCAUGUAAGUGUUACCUUGUUUGUGUUUUACAUAGCGUGAGUUAAAACAAUAAUAGUGUGACUGGAACCAGAACCAGAACCAAACCAAAACAAACAAAACAAAUACUGAGAGUUGAAAACCUCUGAAUGUACCCUAACGUACGAAAACCAAAUCUUAACGUAGUGGAUGGAAAGAGAAACUAAACCGGUAACGCGAACAUGCUCCAAGCAUUAUUCAGUAAACGAUGCAAUAAUAGAUGAAUACUCUAGGGAAAGUAAGGGGAUCAAAAACAAACC